AUGGCUACCACACCAGGUUCAUCGCAAUGUACAAUAGUAGUCCAAGCGAAUAACACAAAUAGAACCGAGAAGGAUCUCGAAGCCCAGAAAACGAUUGCAUCGUCAGACUCGAUAGAGGAACCGUUGAUCUUUGAAGAGAAUGACGACGCCGGCUUGCAGGACAAUUCCCAUAUUCCUCGUCUCCCUCUCCUCAAGUUGUUCUGGUUCUUCUUUUACAAUUUCGGUCUCUUCGCCUGGGCUGGUCCUGUCGCUCAAAUUGCAUUGAUAAAAGAAAAGCUAGUGGUACAAGACAAGUGGAUUACGGUCGCCAGGUUCCAACGUGUCUUUUCCGUCUAUCAGGUGCUUCCUGGCCCCGAGGCAACAGAGCUAUGUAUGUUCUUUGGCUGUCUAUCGGCUGGUAAGCUUGGAGGCUUUGUCGCCGGCAUCGCAUUUGUCUUGCCAGGGUUCAUCCUUAUGGUUCUUGCCUCCUACCUCUACUCAUUACUAGGGAUGGAAAACAAAUACUUCAAUGCAUCAUUUCGCGCCGUUCAACCGGUCGUUGCUGCCAUGAUCCUCCGCGCGACACAUAUUAUCGCGGAUCAUUCUGUUCUUGAUCAUAAAACCCGCCAGAUCAAACCUAUCCUGGUCAUUAUUGCUCUUUGCACCGCACUCAACAGUGCCCUUCAUAUCAACAUCUUUAUAUCCCUCGGUUUAUAUGGGAUAAUAUUCUUGCUCACAUCACAUGGCAUGUGGAUAAUAGCUACCAUCCUAUUCACUUUGCAAUAUGUCGUAUACGGCGUCUAUGUCCAUUUCCGCGGUGUCCCUUCGCCAGUCUCCCUUGCACUUGGUAUAGCAGAGACACCUACUCUUGGGAACCUUUUUAUUCUAGGCAUAGUGGCCGGCUGUCUCUCAUUUGGCGGUGCGUACACAGCUAUACCAAUCAUUCAGGUUGAAGCAGUUUUGAAGGGUGGUUGGCUGCCGGCACAUGUCUUUCUGGAUUGUAUCGCAAUUAGCAACGUGCUGCCGGCCCCUCUUACCAUAUUCGCUACAUUUGUUGGGUUUCAAGGCGGCCUGGUGGCGGGCGGUCUCGGGGAGGCUUUCGCUGCUUCGAUAAUAAUCACUGUUGGGAUAUUGGCCCCGUGCUUCAUUUUCACAAUUGCUGGGCACAGCUUGUUGGAGAAACUGGUUUGUAACAAGAUUCUCUCCGAUUUCUUUGACGGAUUAUGUGCCGCUGUUAUCGGCGUAAUCGCUGUGAUAGCGAUUCAAAUCCUGCAGUCGAGUAUCGGAGUGCCUACUGCUAGUAGUGAGAUUGUUUCUAGCCGCUCUGAGAGUGCUCUUGCAGCAGUAUUAUACAUUUUAGCAAUCGGCGCUCUCUAUAAAUUCACCAAUAAAUACACCCCGCUGUUACUAGUAAUAAUUGGGGCCAUUGCUGGGCAAUUUCUCUUUGUCUGA